AGCCAGUGCCUGCUAUCACCCUAAGUUCCCACUACCAAUCAUGUUCACCUCUGUGUUGUUGCUGUGCCUGUUGGUGACCGCGGGUGUGGCUCUCCCAGGCGGCUACAAUGUUCCUCUCCCUUACAACUACAACUACGGGAUCAACGCAGGAUCCACCAACUUCGGUCAACAAGAGAGCGGUAACGGUGGCAACGUCAAGGGUUCAUACUUCGUCCACCUCCCAGACGGUCGUGUCCAGAAGGUUGAUUACUGGGCUGACGGUAGCGGAUACCAUGCUACCGUGACCUUCCAGGGCACCGCCAGUCAUCCCAGCUACGGCCCUUCACAUGGUUACUAGCUGCUCUCCUCAACACAACUAGUCAACUAGAUUAUAGCCUUUUAAUGACCAUGAUAUAAUAGCUUCCUCUGUUUUACUUCCUGAGUUAUAAAACAUUGUGUAGUUUGGUUCUGACUAAAUCAUAACUCCAUCAUAGAAGAGUCUCCGAAGGAUGAUGUUGUCACAUGGUGAGUGUCCAACACUGUCUCCCAGAUUUGCUACAUUUUUCUCUCUAUAACAUCCAACUUCGGUCCUGGACCUGGACCUUGUUCUGUAUACUGUAUUAUACAGCA